AGAUCAUGUGACAAAAGUGUGUCAGUGACAGACUGGUUUUGGCUGCUUCUUCUCUUUACUCUUCUACUAACUUGGUUGAGUUUUCUGAGUUCUUCCCAACCGCAUCAUUCCUUUCCUUCAUUUCUUCAUCUUCUUUCAAUCUCCAUCCUUAACACUCCGACAACUGCCGUUUUGUUCUUCACUCCACAAUCAUUAUGGCUACCCAAACCCAAACUUCUACAUCCGAUGAGACUGCAUCAAUUCCCUAAUAUUUACUUCAUCUGGCAAACCAAGAAGUUUAGUGAAGCAGUAAAAGUAACAGAACAAAUAGAAGAGACAGGAAAAGGUGAAAACUUGCCCACAUCCGAAGCAAAGGCAGUGGAUGAGCCUCCUAUUCCUGAGAGGCCAUCGAAUGAACCCAUUGUAGGAGAAGCACCAGAGCUGCCAGUUAUUGCGUUCAUGGAACAGGGUAUAAAGGAGGAGUAUGAUGCAGCUGAAGGAGAAGUCAUACAAAAAGAGAGUCUGGAGGUUCUACAAAAUGUAGAAGAACAAGCGUCAGAGAUUGUGAGCCUCGUUCCAAAAGCACAAGACGAAUCAUCAGUAAUGGCAGAGUGUGGCAAGGGUCCAGCAGAUGCAGAGGAGGAAGAGACAGAGGCAGACAAGGAAGCAGAGAAUAAUGUUCCAGAACAACCUGUUGAACCACAAAACAAAGAAGCUGAAGCGAUUGAGGUUCUUCCAAUGGAAGAAAUGAUUGGAACAGCUGAAGCUUCAACACAAAAGGAGCAGGCAGUUGACAAAGAAUUGGAAGAAGUGAUAGCAAAAGAAAUUAGCAUACCCACAGAAGCUCCCAAGGAAAAGGAACAGGCAAGGGCAGAAUCAAGAGAAGUGAUAGAGCCUAGUACAGAGUUUGUAAGCGCAGAGAAAGAGCCAAGUUGUGUUGUAGCAGAAUCUGCUGAAACUCCACUUAAAGUCAUAGCAGAAGACACUUAUGAAACUCAGCCUGUGGUAGCAGGGAAGUCAUUAGUUGAUCUGAUAGCAGAAACCAAGAUAGAAGAACCCCAAGUAGCAGGGCUUGGAGCUGCCAAUGUAUCUGAGUUGCAAGUAAAAGAUGAACAAAUUGUGAGCACAAAGGGAUCAAACCCCACUCAGAAGCACUCGCACAAUCUCUUAUCCAAACUAAAACACUCAUUGGUGAAGGCAAGGAAAGCCAUCAUUGGAAAGUCACCCACCUCAAAAACUCUUUCCUCCCAACCAAGGGAUGAUAUUAAAGUCAAGUGAUGGUCUGCACUUAAUAGCCAGAUUCAGAGUUAAGUAAUUAUCAGAAUAUAUGUUGUGAGGAUUGGAUUUUUUUUUUGCAUAGUUGAUAUAGUUGCAAUGUAAAAUUUGAUAUUAUACCGUCAUGUGUACAUUGACUGCAAAUUUGUGGAUUUUGUGUGUGAAGUGAUACGGUAUUACUUAUCCAAGGCGUGUUGUAUGUGGCU